UUCAGUAUCCAUGAUUGACAAAUUUCGCUACAUCCCAGCUACUAAAGACCAUGCUGAUGAAAUCUUGGAUUUUCUGAUCAAUCAAUUCGGCAAGUAUGAGCCUAUAACUGCAUCGAUACAAGCCACCAAAGACGAUGUGAUUGAUUUGUUCCGUGACACUGCUCACCUCGGUUACACAAACGACAAAUACUCCACAUUGGUAUAUGAUGGAGACCGAUUGGUAGCCAUGUGCUUAUGUUCGUUAUGUUCGACGGAAACAAAGGAUGCUGCACUUCCAGCACAAAUUGAUGUCAAAGAUCACGACUUUGCGGAAGACAUCGUCAAAGGGCCUUAUAAGCAACAUAAAGCGAACCAAUUAUUCACUCUUGUACACUUGUUAGAGUACACACUAUCUCAAAUGCUGUCUAAGCACAAAUACAUGAAAAUGGACAUAUUGACCGUUCACAAGGAUUACAUGGGUAAAGGCUUGGGCAAAGAACUUAAUCGACGAGCCAUGCAAACUGCUCAGGCAGAGGGAUGUGAAUAUAUAGCGACUGCUGCGACUGCAGCUGGUUCGCAAGCGAUUUUUACAAAGUCCGGUUGGAAGAUUCUCUACGAGGUUCCCUAUCCAAGCUAUUGCGAAAAUGGCAAUCCAGUAUUUCAAAACCUUCACGACGGUUGUCAAAGUGCGAAAGCUAUGGCCGCGAAGUUGUACUAAUAUGAUUUCAUAACGUAUCGAUCGUUUUCUUUGAUCCAUAAUAUUCCAAAACAACAACCAUCAAGUAUGCAAUGCAAACGUUGCAAACAUUAUAACAUAUCAUAUCAUAUUCACCUUGUCUCACCGAUGUGUACAUGUACUUGCAAACUUUCAUAUCUAUGAUGAGAG